ACACAAGUCUGCACCUUGUCACUGGGCUGAGAAGCCACCGCUAGGACUGGGACCCGGGCUCCUGCAGCCACAGAAAGCUGGCGUUUCACCUCACCGAGCAUGGGAACCUGCCUGCCACCGCAGCUGCGGGAGUGAAUACUGUUUCUCACCGGUCCCUGUCGACGACAAACACGGCUGAACCUAGACAGUGGAUGACAGCUGCCCCCGUGUCUUCCGGCCGGAGCCUCUGUCUGCGCCUCCCGCCGCCGGGGCCUGUUGCCUGCCAGCCGCGCCGUGGUGGAGCCCGGUGAUGGUGGGCCCGGCUCGGUGCAGAGCAGCACCUCAAGUCCUGGACCCCUGCCUGAGAGCAAAAGGCUGUUCUGCUGUGGGAAAGGAGCGCCACGCACCAGCCACAAUCGGGGCCGACGCUGGGGCGGUGGUAAGGUUGGCAGGGAUGGGAGCCCGAGAGGCUCCGGGGAAAGCCGGGUGCGGGUUCACACGGUGAGGAAGCCGAGGCCCACAGAGGUGAUGUGUCCGCCUAGCAAGCGGCGAGGUCAGGGCCCGAACUGAGACCUGUGCCCGUAACCAGUGAUGGCAGGAACGCGGUGUGGUGUGGCCGCUGCUGGUCCACAGCCUCAGUAAGAUCAAGCAGCCGACCUCAGCGUGGAGGUUUCCAGCCUAGCCCCGGCGCUGGUGCUGGAACGCCCGGAACGGGCGCCCUUUGUGAGGUGGCCCUGGGAGUUGGCAGCGGGUUCCGUCCUGCCGGGGGAGGGGCGGGCGGUAGCCUGGAGCAGGGACCCAAGUCGAAGAUGGUGCUCGCCGUGCCGGGGGCUCCGUACCCCAGGGCUGCGCCGAACCGCCUCAUCCUCAACCUCAUCCUGCUGGCUGCGCUCCUCCGCCCCCAGCUGCUAAGGCCUCAGCCAUCUGUUCUGGAGGAAUUUUCAGCCCCCCUGGAACUCUCGGAGCCACUUUCUGGCCCGGUGGACGGUAAUAUCUCCUCCUUCCCCUACCCCUUCCCCUCCUCUGCCCCCAGCCCUCCCUGGUGGGGGAGAGAUGCCCUAGGAGAGGGCACCCAGGUCCAGCCUGAGGGCCUCUUGUCCCAAAGGGCGUCUGCCUGGAGACGUCUUCAGUGGACGCAAAACAGGUUCUCCCUCCCACUCACACCCUCUUCUCUCUCCUUAGACUACGGGGUGCGACCCAAGCACCCGGGGCCGCGAGGGCCUCGACCCCUUCUCUCCCGGGCCCAGCAGCGCAAGCGGGAUGGGCCGGACGUGGCCGAGUAUUCCUACGAUGCACACCUGUGACGGGAGCCCCUCAUAAAGC